UUGCACUCCGGUGGUCUUUACUCUGCUUGGGUAGCACUGGCAGAGGGUGAGAAAAGGCGAGAAAAAAAAAACACAAGUGAUAGGUCAAGUGGGGCUCGUUUGGAUAAAGUUUCUCCGGCGUCCCGACCAGGGGAAGCUCCGGGAGGUGACGGCAAGACAAUUUCACCGGUCCUGUCUGUUGUUUCCGUACACCCGAUUAGGGAACGGUGCCAGCGGGUGUAUGGACGGUGUAGCCAGGAGUCGUGGAUGCAUUGCAUUGUGGAAAAAAUGGACGAUUCCCAUUUCAACUCAUCAUACUUUUGGUCUCCCGUCCCCACUGUACAAGGACAGAUCGAGAGCGCCAUGUUCCUGAACAAAACCAAGGAGCAACUCGGCACGGAGAAGCCCGGCGCUCCGUCGUUCCCUCACUCCUCCGCCCCGUCCCCGCACUACCCCACCGCCGUGCUCGCCAUGCCCGGCUCCAUGGACGCGGGGCCCGGCCUGCGGUUGGUAACCAAACAGGAAGGCGGAAACUCUGCGGCCGGAGGAGGAGCGUCCAUGAGUGCUGUCGGAGGACACAUGCACCAGUCACACACUUCCCAGAACGUCACUGUUGUGCCCGUUCCCUCCACGGGAAUCAUGACGGCGGCGGGCCUGGUCAUCACGACCCCCCAAGGCACGCUGGUCCCUACUGCCUCCUCUCAGUCUUUUAUGGCGGGACCUUAUCCUGCCACCACCAUGAUCGUGUCUGCGCUGCACCCCUCAUACACAGACAAGAAGGGCGACAUAGCCGAUCCCCCUGUGGUUGUCAUGCCAACGGCAGGCAAGCGAGGCAGAAAGAGCAAACAAAUGAGCAGACCGAGCGCCAUCCUCCCUCCAGGAAGCGACGCGUUGAUAUUAGCACACCUGGCAGCUACUGGACAGCAUCAUUCAGCCGAUCCCUACGACCUGUCCAAUGAUGAGGACGACCACGCCAACAAGGACGGCCCCAAGUCUUACAGGUGUCGGAUGUGCGCGGUGACGUUCUUCAGCAAGUCCGACAUGCAGAUCCACGCCAAGUCGCACACCGAGGCCAAGCCCCACAAGUGCCCCCACUGCUCCAAAUCCUUCGCCAACUCCAGCUACCUGGCGCAGCACAUCCGCAUCCACAGCGGCGCCAAGCCCUACAGCUGCACCUACUGCCAGAAAGCUUUCAGGCAGCUCAGCCACCUGCAGCAACACACACGCAACCACACUGAGGCCAAGCCCCACAAGUGUCCCCACUGCUCCAAGUCCUUUGCCAACUCCAGCUACCUGGCGCAGCACCUCCGUAUCCACAGCGGGGCCAAGCCCUACAGCUGCACCUACUGCCAGAACGUUUUCAGGCAGCUCAGCCACCUGCAGCAGCACGCACGGAUUCACACUGGCGACCGGCCGUACAAGUGCAACCAUCCCGGAUGUGAGAAAGCUUUCACUCAGCUGUCCAAUCUGCAGUCUCACCGUCGGCAGCACAACAAGGACAAGCCGUACAAGUGCCACAACUGUAACCGCGGCUACACGGACGCCGCCAGCCUGGAGGUGCACCUGUCCACGCACACUGUCAAACACGCCAAGCUCUUCUCCUGCGGCCUCUGCAACCGCUCCUACACCUCGGAGACUUACCUCAUGAAGCACAUGAGGAAGCACAACCCCGACACGCUAACGGCGGAAGCCCAGCGGACGGGGAGCGGCAGGGGCCGAGGCCGCGGCAGAGGGCGAGGAGGGGGCACCCGAGGCGGCCUGCAGGCCAACCCGAACAACGGCGGCCAGAACCCCGGGCCCCCCGGCAGCUACCUGCAGGCGGCGGAAGCCGUGAUCCCGUGCCCGUUUGAUCUCCACCAGUACAAGACGGUGUCGGCCAGCGAGCUCCAGUACAAGCCCGUUUCAGUGGCGGACCUUCCAGCGACCCACAAAGACCUCUGCCUCACCGUCUCCACGUCCGCCAUCCAAGUGGAGCACAUGAACUCGUAGGCUACACCUUCCCAAACCUUGCGAGGAUAAGACUGAUUGUCUGUUUAAAAAAAAAAAAAAAAAGUAUUUAAAAUGUAUAUUCUCUUCCUGGAGUACUAGCGGCUCUCAAACACACUCAGAAGAUUGACUUUUCUACUUUGCUCCCAACGGGAUGGACCUGGUCACGUUGAGGAGACAGGUUCCUUGAUUUGAAGUCCUUGUAAGAACCUCGGGGACACCAGGACCACAUCUCUCCUUCCUGCGGAAACAGGAAGUGAUCCCUAAUCCAAGGUAAGGUGCUGAUUUUUUGGUCGCCGAGACAAGCAGGAGAAAGGCUUUGUCCACCUGAACACAUAUAUUUUUUUUCUGUGCAUUAUCCACAAACUUUGGUUUUGGUUCUCACAAAAGCAGCUUUGGAAAACUUUUUUUUACCCUGAAAUAUUUUCCACAAGUCCAGCUUUGGCAUGCGUGUACAAACGGGUCAAUCCUGGCUACAAUAUACAAUUUUUCACACGUCACCAGUUAUUAAUUUCAGGCUUCAUCAUAUUGCAAUAUGGCGACGCUACUUAGCUCCUCCCCCCUCCGAAACCUCAGGUGGAGCUUAACAAUGGCGUGGACCGCACGCAGUUUUUUUUCUCGGAAAGUGACACUUUCAGCUUCAGCCACCAUUUUUAACUCUCAAAGCUAAACAGCAAGUCAAGGAAACACUGCAGGGAACUCUUAAAUCACGCUCAUUCCCCGCCGAAGAGUUAGAAGCGGAUCAAGAUGGCGUCGGAUUUGCGACUAGGCAGGAAUAUAAUCCAGACUACGGGGGUUUAAAUUUCAUUCUGUGCAGUGGUAAACGCACUCGGUUCCUUCUUUGUGUAGGUCACUGCUGAUUUUUGAAGAUAAUACCAUCAAAUACAUAUUUUUCGGCGUCUUCAUUAGUCAAAUAUGCGCAUGACCGCGAGGGGUUUGAAUUUUUAGGCACCAAACGAUUCGAUCCGAUUCCUGGGAAGACGAUCCUAUUCAAAAUCGAAUCAAACCGAUUCCCGCAAUGUGUUACUUGGUAUAAUAAUUGUAAUGACAUUUAAAAAAAACAAAAAAAAAACACAGGUGACAGGUUAGAGAAGCCGGUACUGGUUGCAUGGAAAAGGACAAAAAAAAAUGUCAUAUUUUUUUAAAAUUACGACUCGUUCAACGAAUAAGAAUCACUAUUCGGAUUUGAUUACAUUUUUUUUCUCCUGCCGGUGAAUGUGAUUUUACGUCGGUGGGUGAGAUAAUUUUUCGUAACUCCACUUGGAUGUGGGAUUUAUUUUUUUUUCCCCACACCCCGCCGCCGUACGGAUAUUGUGCAUUUGUAAAACAAAUAUCUGCAUUCAAAUGGACGCUUGAGCCCGUUCCUGCUUGCCGAAACACGACCAGGCAAGGAUGCCUACGGAGGAGAAUUCCUUUGGACCAUUAGACCUGUCGCUAAAAAGCAUCGCGCCGCAAAAGGAUGGAGCUGAGACUAAUGGAAAGCGGGAACUGGACACUUGGUACGGCCAAAAGUACGCUGCAGGGCCGGGAACUAAGCACUUAACGAAGCUUGUACUUCACCUUCGACGUUCGCCACCUGUACUUUUUUAAUAUACCAUAUGUACGUAUUUUUCUACCAGCAGAGGAUCGUGUUAGGAAGCCAAGUGGAUGUGUGAAUGUGAAAGGAAACGAGAGAACCCUCUUUUGUUACUAUUCAACACGUUAAUGAUCCUCCAAAGAGUAACGGCGGAGCAAUGGCCAGCCAGAAUGUGGAUUGUCCUACACAAUGGGUGACGGGUACUGUUAUUGAUCUUUUUCAAGGCUUUUUCCGACAUAUUCUUUCAUCUCAACUGUAUUGCAAGUCUUAUCCAUGUUAUCGCUAAAGGCAUUAUUAUAUGGCAGUAUAUGCUGUACAUUAAAAUAAGUUUUCUGGCAAAAGGGAAGCCUGUCUUGUGGAAAACAAUGUUUCUUUUUCUUUUUUUUUAAACAAUUUACACAGUCUCCAUAAGUUACUUCAAAAGGAGCCUUACCAAAAAAGAUAGGGAAAAUAUUUGUGUUUUCAAGUUGUAUUAGUGAUAUUCACUCAAAUGACGGGACAGAAAUCAUUCAACCGAGCAAUAUUAAAAGGCCGUCAAUACACGGUUUCCUUCAUUGUGUCUUGUUAGGAAAUAUUCACGGCACAGCUAUUUGCUACUCGGUUGCAUAAACUGAACGAGUUCCCGAUCAGACUGUCUGCUCCUAGUGGAAAAUAAACAGGUUUCAUAUGGAAAACUACAA